GAUACUUCAUAGGAAUGUCAAUUGACAUUUUAGGUAUUUUAAUGCCAAGAUUGAGAACCCUUUCUUUGUAGUAAAUGGUAGCUUCUACUCGUGGGAUAUUCACAGUUUUACAAGGUUAGGUUAGAUGGUAUACUACAUGGUCACUACACAACAUAACGUGUUUGGGUGUGGUUUUAAUACCGUGGGAUCUUUACUAGAUCAGUAGAUUUGAAUUGUUUGUCAUACUCGCUACUCCACACUGUGACUUUCAUUAUUCACCAAAAGAUUUUUCACCAUGAAGAAGAGAAGCUUCUCCGGCAACUGUGGCGUCGGUGUUUUUAUCGUCGCCUUCGUGUGUGUAUGCGUUGCAUUUGGUACACCAGCAUGGUUAGUGAGCGAUUAUCGUAUCACUGGCGCGAAACUCGAUAAAUUAGGACUAUGGACGCACUGCUUUAAAUCUCUUCCAAACCCUCAAGAAAUGGAUGCACCCAGACGUUUUUUCGUUGGCUGUAGAUGGGUGUACGAUCCUUUUACCGCAGGUUACUCUGAUAUUCGUGGUUUUCUAUUACCUCCAUUUAUGAUAGCAACACAGUUUUUCUAUACUUUGUGUUUCCUGUUUGGUCUUAUAUCAUUUAUAUUAAUAUUAUUGUAUACCUUAUGCAGUGAUCCAGAACAAAAACGAUAUGUACAACUUAUAACAACCAUUGGAUAUCUGUUGCUAAUUGGUGGUAUAAGUGGUGGAAUAGCAGUAAUCAUAUUUGCCUGUUUUGGAAACACUGAAGGCUGGAUGCCUGGGCAUGCAAACAACUUUUUUGGUUGGUCAUUUAUAAUGGCAGCUGCAGGCAGUGUAUUAACUAUUAUAACUGGUAUAUUAUUUCUUAUUGAAGCAAAUGUUCAGCGUAAAAAACGAGAAUAUUUGAAAGAAUCUCAAACAAGAUUCCAACUUGAAUCUCGUACAUGAAUAGAGUAUUUUUAACAUAUAAGACUUGCACAAUACUUCAGUACCAAAAUUUUGUAAUACCAUUCCGUCCAUGUAUUAGUUAGCUGUUAAUGAUAGUAGAUUAUAAGAUUUUUGUUACUUUAGUACAAAGUAAAUUGUGAAACAAGAUUUGUAUUUUUGUACAACAUUUUUAUACAUAAGGACAUUAAAACAGUACAGAAGCAUUUCUGUACAAUCAUUUUA